AUUGCAAACAUCAAUUUUCUACGGAGGUUGUGAGCAGUUUCUGCCGUCCUGCACCUGCUUCCCUUUCUCCAGUCAAUUUUAAAAACAUGAAGCUUGGGACCACAAUGAAGUGUGAAGAUCACAGGCAUUGCUCUCUCCACUUAAGUGUCAAGGCAAACCUGCAACUUAAUGAAAAUAGUUAUGGUGUUCGAAUUUGUUAUUUCCUGAUGGUUACUCAAAAAUCCAGGUGUGUGAAUGUGAAGAUUUCCAGGGGGGAAAAUGCCCAUCCUGAGGGAAAUAAGGUGAAAAUACAAUUUAAUUGCUUUGAAGUCAGUGUGGGACAACAUCUUUACGUAACCAUGACAACAAUUCCAAAUUAUUGUGGAGUUAAACAAGAAUAUUAUGUUGAAGACUGCAGAAACAACGAUGUGGGGAAAAAUAUUCCAGAUUGUUUUGUGAGCAAAAUGGCUUAUAAUGUGGACAGAACAAGAAAAACCAUUUCAGUGAAUAUUUCAGAUGUCCAAAACAUAGACUGUUAUGUCCGUUUAUGUCAUCAAAGAUUUGUAUGUGAAGAUGUGGGGCCUGUCACUUUGAUUCAGGGAAAGGAUUUGAUGAAAUCUGUUUCUUUGCAAUACACUCAGCUGCUGCCUUGUCUAUGUAUUGAGGUGUGGCCAGCGAUUUUAGAUGCACGAAGAAUGCAGUUGUGCCCAUUCAAGAAUGAUACUGAGACCCUGUGGGAUAAUAUUGUUUAUCAACCUGCCACACAAACACUGACUUGGGAAGCUGUCUGUCCUGUUCAUGUUACUGUCAGCCUUUGUCAACUGAUGAAGAUUAAUGAUCAGUGUGUUGAUCUAGAGGGCACUGUCAACAUCGUUACAGAGAAAGUGAAAUAUUCCCGAGUUGAUACACAUCCAAGUCUUUGCAUGAAGUUUGCAACUGAGGACAACAUCUGGGUUAAAUGCCCAUUCAAUCAUGGACAAUUUCAAGCUUGGAAAAUGCGACUUGCUGUGAUAGAACAACAAAUAGAAGUUUCUUUCAUGUCACAUUUUGAAGCAGAGUUUUCAGUACUUGUAUGUAACAGGACCAAUUUGCAUUCAUGCAACUCUACUGGGACCCUCAAAGCCUUUUCAGUGGGUGGAUUACGUUUACCAUCUGUCAACAUUUCAGGGAAACCUUGUGGCUCAAACGUCUGCAUUAAGGGCUGGAGGACAGAUGUGGACUAUUCUGUUUCUUCAUACGUCUGUGAUUUACCCUGCAACUCUUCUACUGGGACUCAAGAAUAUUAUGAAUAUUCCUUAAGCAUCCUCUCUCUCAUAGCAUUUCUUGCCAUAUUUCUAAUCAUGUUGGCUCUCCUUGGACACAAACUUUUGUCAGUUAAUUCUAGGAAGACUUAUGAAGAAAAAAGUGUAAUACACAUGAUAAUACACAGGAUGAAAUAGCACCAUUUGUUUUAUGUAUGAAGAAAAGCAGACAACUUAGCAGAAUGUCGUCACUUUCUCAGUUUUAACAAGUAAUUGAAAGAUUUCUCUACUGUAAAGAGUUACAUGUGUAAAUAAUCCUCCUGUGCCAGAGGUCUUCCUUGACUUCAGUAACAUAGGAAUAAUUUUUUGUGAGGAAAAUUCCUUACCCUCUGCCCUAUUGUCUCCCUUGCUGAAAUAAUUUGAUAACAAAAAGUCUUUCUGUAAACAAUGUGAGUUUCUCCUGAAUCAAUGAUGGUGCCCUAUAUAUUUGUGGAACGUGUUCCUACCAACAUAAGAGGAGGAAUUGGAACCUGGACAUUUCAUACAUAAUUGAUAGUUUUAUUCUCACCCUGAUGAUGAUCAAUUCCAUGAAAUAAAUCAUGACAACAGCACUGUCAGUAUAGUUCAUGGCAUUUUUAAACACUACGGUAUAUAGGAUGAAUCUAUGAUAAAAUAUGCCCUGUAAUGUAAAAAAAAAAAAUCACUGAUCUCUAUGAUUCUUUCAUGUUUUAUAUACCUUCCUCUUUGAAGAUCAUUCCAUUCAGAAUAUUACUUUCUAUUAAGAGAAAUAAAUAUGUUAGGAAAAUAUGUAAGUUCCAGAAAUUGUUUGUUCUUAAACAAGUUCUUAAAAAGUACUGCCGUGGAUAGAAACCUAGCACUUAGACACUGAUUAGGUUUACUAGAGAAUUGGAUUUAUGUAACUGGCAGUGACACAAUAUUUUCAAUGAUUAAAGUUUUGAGCAUACUUUAGAUAGAACUGAGUUCUAUUAAAUUCUGUGGGACAUGUGUCUGAUUUUACUUCUUAUGUAUGGGUUUCAAAAGAGUCUGUUAUUGAUUAGUGGGCUGUUCCUAUGAACUGUCCAUCAUUUGUUUCCUACGAUCUAAGCUAACUUUGUCAGACCAUUUCAAUGUUUAAUGGCAUUAGGGUAGCAUCUUUUCAGAGUAACAAAUAUUCUAGAAAAGCAUUAACAUAUGUGAGUACAGCUCACUUAAUCAGAUUACAUCUGAUGAAGUUUAUGCCUCUUAAUGUUUUGUUAGUAUGAAAAGUGCUACCAAACUCCCAAAUUUGGCUACCAUAGAUCAGUGUUUGUCAACCUUGGAUGCAUGGAUUUCAACUCCCAAAAUUCCCCAAUCAGCAUGGUGGCUGGGGAAUUCUGAGGGGGUUGAAGUUCACAUAUUUUAAAGUUGCUGAGGUUGAGAAACACUACCAUAGACUAACAUGGGUCUUCUCUUACAAGGUUCACAGGAAUGCUCCAUUUACUAUUACUCUUUUUCCUCCAGCAGUCCUUCUAAAAGCUUUUCACCCUGGUCUACAGCAAAAUCUGAACUAGGGGAAAAAAUGUGAGGAAAAGCAAGGGAACUAGUGGAGGAAUAUAAUAAAAAAGCAGUAGUUUAUUGAGUUCCUUAAUAAGGUGGAGUCUGGUUAUACAAUACCAUCUCCAGCUGUGCUACCCUUGCCUAAGCUAAGCUUAUGUAUGGGCUAUGUGUAGUAUUCAUGUGUGAUUUUUCUUUACAUUCAAAUUAAACUUUGGACUAGGAUUUGACUUUUAGGAUUUUAAAUUAUUGCAGUAAUAUGCAAAAAAUGUUUAUCUUUCUAAGAAAACUGUAUUACUGGUAUUGGCCACAAGGAGAUAUUUGGACCAUGUUUAAAUAACUUUGUAAAGUAUUUAAUAUUUAACAGAAAUCCAAAGGAUGUGGGGAAACUUUAUUUUAUGUUCCCAAAUGAGUAGCUAUAUUAGUGUUUUGCAGUAAAAGAGACAGUAAGAACAUGUGUUCUUUCAUGCCAAUGUUUUAUAUACUCCUGUCAAUAUUUAUACUUG